AUGUCGGAAUAAGACACUGGUUAUAAGCCUAUGAGAUUUUUAGUUCAGGCUAAGAAUGAAGUUUCGAUUGGAAUAGUCUAUCAACCAUCAGAUAAAUAAAAACCACCUAUGAUUUACAAGGUUAUACUAAAGAAUAUUUACGAAAUAGAGAAUCCUACUCGAGAUGGCAUAAAAGAGAGGAUAUUCGCUGAUCAUCCUUUUCUUAUAAGAAGUGAAGAAUUAGAAAAACAUAUGGAUGCUGGAAUAUAAACGAUAUUCACAAUAAGGGAUGAAAAAAUAAAGUUGAAUCAAUCAUAAAAAAACGAUGAACUAGACACUAAUGAAGGUAAGGAAGGAAUUGUAGCCAAACUCCCAACAUCAAAAAAAUGA